UGAUCGCUCCUCUAUCUGCUGCCCUGUGCCCUCCAUCCCUCGCCGAUCAGACAGACACGGACGCGCGGGGGGGAAGAUCCGAGGCGGGUUCUUUUUUGGGAGGCGCGGACCGGGGAGGCAGAUCUGCUCUCCGUGAAGGAAGUCUGAUGUAGAUGCCGAGCCAGAGGAGAGCCCAGGGAGCAGCAGUAGCAGCAGCAGCAGCAUUGGGGCUGUAGAUGCCCUCUCUACAGCUCCGGCCCCAGCCCCCCCUCAGGCCUCUGCGGGAGAGCCAGGACAGAGAGGAGACAGCUCCUGCUCUGACUCCGACAGUCUUGUAGACUCCAGCUCCAGCGAGGAGGAGGAGGAGGAGGACGACGACGACGAGGAGGAAGAGGAGGGGGAGGAGGAAGACCCCAAUAUGUUCUCCUCCAAAUUCCUUAGCGGGGCCAACCCGCUCAAUGCCAUGUCGUCUGCUGUGAAUAAGUUUGGGUUAUUUGGAGAUGAUGGGGAGGGGGAUAAAAACCAGAAAGCACCUCCCCAGCAGGGGGUGAAGACACCUGGACAGCAGCUGCCAGGAGCAGGCCCUGGUAAGGGCCCUCAGCAGCAGCAGGGACCACAAAAGUCAGGCCAGGGCCCCCCUAUGCAAAAGCCUCCUCCUAAACAAGGACCAACACAGCUCCAUGGGAAUGGACAGGCUGGACCACCAAACAAGCCUGGUGGACAACAAGCGGCUCCAAAGGCAGGGACACAGCCUGAUGGCCAGCCGCAAAAAAUUCAACCCCAGGGUUCACCUAAGCCUGGAGCUCAACAACAGAUUCUGACCAAAAGUGGAGCACAACCAGAAUCUCCAAAGGCAUCGUCACAGCAACAGGUUCCACCUAACACAGGGAUGCAAAAACAAGGGCCUAAUAAGACUGGUGCACAGCAUCAAGAACCUGCAAAGACUGGAGUACAAGAAUCAGCAAAGGUUGGGCCUCAAAAACCUGGCUCACAGCAAGGGUCACCUAAAGUAGGACAGCAACAGCAAGGAUCGCCAAGAGUUGGACAGCAACAGCAGGGGUCACCAAGAGUUGGACAGCAACAGCAAGGAUCGCCAAGAGUUGGACAGCAACAGCAGGGGUCACCAAGAGUUGGACAGCAACAGCAAGGAUCGCCAAGAGUUGGACAGCAACAGCAGGGGUCACCUAAACCUUUGCAGCAACAGCAGGGCUUGUCUAAGGUGGGACAACAACAGCAAGGCUCCAGGACUACACCCCAGCAGCAGUCCUCUGUUAAGCCUCAGCAACAAGGCUCCAAGGGACCUGGUACACCGGGAGCAACCAAAGCUGGAUCUCAGUCAAAUGCAGUAGCUAAGUCCCUUUGCCCAGUAUGUAAGACAACAGAACUUAAUAUGCACACCAAGGAUCCUCCUAACCAUAAAACAUGCACACAGUGUAAAACUGAGGUGUGCAGCUUCUGUGGCUUCAGUCCUCCAGACUCUGAUGGGCAUGAGUGGCUUUGUCUUACCUGCCAGGUACAGAGAGCUCAAGGAUCCUCUGAACCACCGGGACCUUCCAUGAAAAAGCCCACUCCCACUAAAGUUCCUGCUUCUCAAAACCGGACACCAUCUCCUGCUGCACCUGUCAAAAAAGAGAUGUCAGCACCAGGCUCACCUCAGAAAAUACAGCCAGCUAAGGGUGAAGCUGUUAAAGGACCACAAAGUCAAAAACAGGCCAGCCCAGCGCCUGUUCAGAAAAUGACACCUGCGACCCAAACAACAUCAGGGUCUCAAAAACCAGACCAGACGAGUCAACCUGCACGUAAGCAAAGCAGUGCCACCCCAGCUCCCCCGCAGGAGUCAGGAGGUUUAUUUGGCUUUGGUGGUGCUAAAACUGAAACUGCUAAGCCUGAAGAGUCAGUGACUGGGAAGAUGUUCGGUUUUGGUUCCUCCAUUUUCAGUUCUGCAUCUACUUUGAUAGCCUCUGCUGUUCAGGAUGAGCCUAAAACCACACCACCAGUUUCCCCUAAAAUGCAGUCAACAAAGGAGAACAAACUACCUGCUGUGCAAAAGUCAGUGCAAGACAAGAAACAAGAGCAACCCCAGCAGACAAAGGGUCCUCCAGCAGGACAGGCCAAAGUGGACAAAGCUCCAUCAGAGACUCCAAAGGCAGCAGCAGCCUCUCCCAAUGUUCCUAAAACAGGCAAGUCCGCUUGUCCAAUCUGUAAGAUGGUGCUCAACGUGGGCUCAAAGGAUCCUCCAAACUACGACACCUGCACUGAAUGCAAAAGCACUGUGUGCAACCAAUGUGGAUUUAACCCCAUGCCAAAUGUUAAAAAGGGAAAUGAGUGGCUUUGUCUGAACUGCCAGGUGAAAAGAGCAGCAGCUGGUAUUGAACCUCAGAGAGACACAUCCUUGGUCAGUUCAUCAUUGAAUAAAACUUCAACACAGCCUGCACUACAAAAGACUUCUGCACCAGGCUCUCCCCAGAGAAAAGUUUCUAUGCCAGCAGCACAGCCAGCCAAGGCUGAAGCUACUAAAGGACCAGAUUCUAAACAGGCCAGCCCAGCUCCUGGUCAGAAAACACCCCAGGAGAGCCAGAAGACAGGUCCUCAGAAACAACCAGACCAGACAAGACAAACUGAACGUAAGCAGAGUAAUGCCACUGCAGCGACGCAACAAGAGUCAGGAGGCUUCUUUGGUUUUGGUGGUGGCAAAACUCAACCUGAUGCUGCAAAGCCUGCAGAGUCAGUGACUGGGAAGAUGUUUGGUUUUGGUUCCUCCAUCUUCAGUUCUGCAUCAACUUUGAUUUCCUCAUCCAUCCAAGAUGAGGCCAAACUCACACCGCCAGUUUCUCCUAAAAUGCCUGCUGCAAAGGACUCCAAAUCCCCCACUGCCAAGAGACCAGAACAGGAGAAGAAACCAGAGCAACCCCAGCAGACCAAGGAGAAACCUCCAUCAGAGCCGCCAAAGCUCCCAGUCAUUUCCAAGGCAGGACAGUCUGCCUGUCCUCUCUGUAAACUGGAACUCAAUGUGGGCUCUAAAGAUCCUCCCAACUACAACACCUGCACAGUGUGCAAAAACACUGUCUGUAACCAAUGCGGAUUCAACCCCAUGCCAAAUGUUAAGGAGGAGAAGGAGUGGUUGUGUCUAAACUGCCAGAUGCAGAGAGCACUGGGAGCAUCUGAGCCUCCAGGAACUCCCAUGAUGAAACCUCAGGCCUCACCAAAUAAAGUCCCUGCACCUGCCAAUGCCCUUAAUAAGGAAACUCCCCUUAUCGAUAAACCUCAAAAGAAAGACAUUCCAACAAUAGCUGAAUCUAAAGCAAAGGGGACCUCGGCACCAGGCUCCCCUCAAAGGAAACCAUCAACACCAGCAGAGCAGCCAGCAAAGGCUCAAGUAGUGAAAGGACCUGAAAGUCAGAAGGCCAGCCCAGCUCCUGGUCAGAAAACACCUCAGGAGAGCCAGAAGACAGGUCCUCAGAAACCACCAGACCAGACAAGUCAAACUGGACGUAAACAGAGUAAUACUACCUCAACUACACAAGAGGAAUCCGGAGGGUUCUUUGGAUUCGGUGGUGCCAAACCUCAACCUGAUUCUGCAAAGUCUGCUGAAUCACUGGGUGGAAAAAUGUUUGGCUUUGGUUCCUCUAUCUUCAGUUCCGCAUCCACUUUAAUAACCUCAGCUGAUUCCAAAACUACACCACCAGUUUCUCCCAAGAUGCCUGCUGGAAAGGCAACCAAAUCACCUGUAUAUCAGAAAAAGGAGUCAGAGAAGAAACUAGAGCAAGUCCAACAGCCCAAGACCUCUCCCUCCCUCCAAGCCAAAGUAGAAAAAGCUCCAUCAGAGCCUUCUAAGAUUGCAGCUGCUUCCCCAGCUGUUCCUAAGGCAGGCCAAUCUACCUGUCCACUCUGUAAGGUGGAACUCAAUGUUGGCUCCAAGGAACCCCCCAACUACAACAAGUGCACUGAAUGCAAGACCACUGUCUGUAACCAAUGUGGAUUUAACCCAAUGCCAAAUGUGUCAAAGGUGAAAGAGUGGUUAUGCCUGAAUUGUCAGAUGCAGAGAGCUCUUAGUGCAUCUGAACUCACAGCACCGCCCACGAAACCUCCCAGUGCAGCCAACAAAAUUUCUCCAUCUGCUCUACAACAAAAAGCCCCUAAUCAAGUGGAAACUCUAAAGAAGGAGUUACCAAAAUCUGAUGAACCUCUAAAGACUCCAGUGGCUGAUACACUUCAAAAGAAGGAAAGCUCUGCACCAGGCUCUCCUCAGAAGAACCAGCAGCCCACAGCAGUGACACAGGCAACUAAGGGGGCGAAAGGACCACAAAGUGACACACAGGCAAGCCCAACCCCUGGUCAGAAAACUCCUCUAGAUAUCAAAGGGGCAUCAGGUUAUCAGAAACCAGCAGACCAGGCAAGUGAACCUGAACUAAAAGAUGUUAAGGUCACCCAAGAUGGGUCGAUUAGUCCUAAAACAAGGCCCGAUGCUUCAAAAACAACAGAGUCCAUGACUGGAAAGAUGUUCGGCUUUGGUUCCUCCAUUUUCAGCUCAGCAUCCACCUUGAUAUCAUCUGCUGUCCAGGAAGAAUCAAGGACUACACCACCAGGGUCUCGUAAGAUGUCUGCACCUGCACAAGUCUCUCCGAAGAUGUCUGCUGUUCCCAAGGUUUCUCCAAAAACGACACCUUCAGUUUCGCCUAAAAUGUCACCAGCAAGAGAGCCCAAAACUCUUACUCAGAAGCCGGAGCAGAAGAAACCAGAGGAGUCCCCCCAGAACAAAGAGGACAAAGUUCCAGCACAGCCAACAAAGGCAGCAACAGUAUCCCAUAAGGCAAGCGAGGCCACCUGUCCACUGUGUAAAGUUGAGCUUAACAUCGGCACCAAGGACCCACCGAACUACAGUACCUGCACUGAGUGCAAGACCACUGUCUGUACCCAAUGUGGAUUCAACCCAAUGCCUAUAGGAGAGGUAAAAGAGUGGCUAUGUCUGAACUGCCAGAUGAAAAGAGCAGUUGGAGCAUCAGAUUCCCCAGGUCCUCCCACAAUGACGUCCCAAUCAUCACCCAGUAAAGUUCCUUCACCUGCUGCAGUCCAGCUGAAGGAUUCUGGUAAACCAACUACGCCUCAAAUGAAAGACAGUCAAGGUCCAGCUGUGCAAAAGAAAGGGACAACAGAGCCAGCCUCACCACAGAGAAAACAGUCUACACCAUCUGCGCAGACAGACAAACCAGAAGCUGCUACAGCACCAUUGAAACAGGUCAGCAAAACACCCGAUCAUAAAAGACCACAGGAAGGACCGAAUGUUGGUCUAAAAAUGCCACUAGAUCAGACAAGCCAACCUGGAUCUAAGCAGAAUGAUGCCACUGCUGCUCCACAGCAAGAGUCAGGAGGCUUCUUUGGCUUUGGUGGUCCCAAAUCUCAACCUGAUGCUGCAAAGCCUGCAGUGACUGGAAAGAUGUUUGGCUUUGGUUCUUCCAUCUUCAGUUCUGCAUCGACUUUGAUCACCUCAGCUGUUCAGGACCAGCCCAAAACAACCCCACCAGUUUCUCCCAAGAUGUCUCCUGCAAAAGAGAUCAAGUCCCCUGCUGCUCAGAAAGUGGAACAGCAGAAGAAAACCGAGCCAUCCCAGACCAAGACACCUCCAGUGGUACAGGCCAAACUGGACAAAGCUCCAUCAGAGCCUCCAAAGGCUGCAACAUCUUCCCAAGCCACUGUCAAACCACACCCAUCUGCUUGUCCACUCUGUAAAGUCGAACUUAACAUGGGUUCCAAGGAUUCCCCUAAUUACAACACGUGCACUGAAUGCAAAAACACCGUCUGUAACCAGUGUGGAUUCAACCCUAUGCCAAAUGAAACAGCGGUGAAAGAGUGGUUGUGUCUCACCUGCCAGAUGCAGCGGGCUCUUGGAGCAACACAGCCCUCAGGAGUCACUUCUGUCAAAUCUCAGACACCUGCACAACCCCAAAAGAAAGACAUCAUCAGCACAGCUGAGCCUGAAAAGAGAGAGUCAUCGGCACCACACUCACCUCAGAGGAAACUGUCUACAGCAGCACAGCCAGCUACAACCGAGGCUGCUAACAAGCCAGAUGGUCAGAAACAGCCCGGCACAGUCCCACAAAAAAGGCCACAGGAGCCUCAGAAAAUGUCAGGUCCGAACAAAACACCAGACCAGACAAGGCAAGCUGAACGUAAGCAAAGCAAUGCUACUACAGCGACGCAGCAAGAGUCAGGAGGCUUCUUUGGUUUUGGUGGAGGUAAAACUCAACCUGAUGCUGCAAAGCCUGCAGAGUCAGUGACUGGGAAAAUGUUUGGCUUUGGUUCUUCCAUCUUCAGCUCUGCAUCUACUUUGAUAACCACAGCUGUACAGGACCAGCCCAAGACUACUCCCCCAGUUUCUCCUAAGAUAUCCCCAGCAAAAGACGUCAAAUCCCCUGUUGCUCAGAAGAAAGACCAAGAGAAAAAGCCAGAACAACCCCAGCAGACAAAGACACCUCCACUGAUACAGGCCAAAGUGGACAAACCUCCAUCACAGCCUCCAAAUGCGGCAGCACCCUCCAAAGCUGAUGUCAAAUCAGACCAGUCUACCUGUCCACUCUGUAAGGUUGAACUCAACAUGGGAACCAAGGAUCCCCCUAACUACAACACCUGCACCGAAUGCAAGAACACCGUCUGUAACCAGUGUGGAUUUAACCCCAUGCCGAAUGUCUCAGAGAUGAAUGAGUGGUUGUGUCUGACUUGUCAGAUGCAAAGAGCUCUCAAAGCAGCUGAAACAGCAGAGCCUCAAAUGAUGAAACCCCAGGCAUUACCCAACAAAGUUUCUACACCUGUCAGCCAAAAGAAAGACAUUAUCUCUACACAAAAAGCAGAAGUGCUUGACAAAAAUCAGAAGGACAGUACAGCAGCAGGUGCACCACAAAAGAAAGAAGAAACUAAACAACCACCUCAAAUGCAUAUUACCCAAGCAUCAAUCCCAGAUGCUGUUUCAGCCCCAACAAAAGAGGAGAAAACCAGUCCAGCGCCUAUCUCUACUGCCCCUCCCGCUAAAGAGACAGCAGAUCCACUUAAAGACCUAAAUAAACCACUGCCUGCUCAACUUCCUGAAACAUCUGCCCAGAAGAAUAAGGAUAUCACUCCAUUGAGUUCCCCUGCAACUAAAAACGUAUUAGAAAAAGAGGGGAAAGAUGUACAAGUUCAGAAGCCAGCUGAUCAACCAGUCACAUCCACUGAUGAAGUAAAGCCCCAGCAAGGCCUAAUCCAAGAAUCAAAACCUGUUGAAAUGUCAACGGCCAAAUCUGUUCCUCUGGCAGCAAAGCCAACAAAUCAAGAAUCAGUUUUCCCCAGCUUUGGAAGUCCUAAAUCUCAGCGUGCUGCCUCUAUAACAACUGAAGCAGUGACUGGGAAAAUGUUUGGAUUUGGUUCAUCCCUCUUCAGCUCAGCAUCCACCUUAAUAACAUCUGCAGUUCAGGAGUCUCGCACAACACCACCAAGUUCACGCAAAAUGUCUGCCCCAGCACAAGUCUCCAACAAGAUGUCAACAUCUCCAAAGCCUAGUCCCCCACCUUCUCCAAGGAUGACAUCAGAAAAGGAGACCAAACCUCAGGCUCAGAAACCUCAUCAAGAAAAUAUAGAAGACCAGCCACAGCAGGCCAAGGCUCCUCCAUCAGGACAGGCUAACGUUAACAAGGGUCCAGAGCCAGCAAAACCAGAAGCCUCCCAAACUGCUCCCAAAGUGUCGCAGUCUACUUGUCCACUCUGUAAGGCACAACUUAACAUGGGAUCCAAAGAUCCUCCCAACUACAACACCUGCACUGAAUGCAAAGCCAGUGUCUGCAACAAAUGUGGAUUUAGUCCUAUGCCAAAUGUUACACAGGUGAAGGAAUGGCUUUGCCUCAACUGCCAGAUGCAGAGAGCACUUGGAGCUUCUGAACCCCCAGGCCUUCCUAUGAUAAAGCCACAACCUUCUCCGAGUAAAGAGGUCCCUUUUGCGACAAAGAAGCAAGAGACAGCAGUGUCAACUUCUCAGGAAGACAUCUCUAAAGUCCAAUCCAAAAAUGAGCUUGACAAUGUUCCUGCAACCAAAGAGAAAGUAUCACCACCUUCACAAACACUUACUGAAGAGACACCGAAAGGACAACCAGGUACUCCCCAGCAACAACCUCAGCCAACAGCUGUGACUUCUGUUGCUGAGUCUGCUCCUCCACCAGAUCGAGAAGCUGGCAAAACACCCCUACAAGAACCUCCAAUAGCUGUGACUUCUGUUGCUGAGUCUGCUCCUCUACCAGAUCAAGAAGCCAGCAAGAUACCCCUACAAGAGCCUCCAAAAAGUGUGACUUCUACUGUUCAAUCUGCUCCUCCACCAGCUCCAGAGGCAGAAAAGCCACUCCAGCAACAACCUCCAAAAGCUGUGACUCCUAUUGCUAAAUCUGCUCCUCCACAAGGUCCAGAGACAGAAAAGCCACCCCAACAGCAGCCUCCAAAAGCUGAGAUCUCUAGCACCAAGUCUGCUCCUCCACCAGGUCCAGAGGCUGGAAAGCCAGAGGCAGCAAAGCCAACCCCACAAGAGCCUCCAAAAGCUGUGACCUCUACUGCUCAAUCAGCUCCUCCGCAAGGUCCAGAGACAGGAAAGCCCCCCCAACAGCAACCUCUAAAAGAUGUGACUUCUAGCACUAAGUCUGCUCCUCCACCAGGUCCAGAGGUUGGAAAGCCAGAGGCAGCAAAGCCAACCCUACAACAGCCUCCAAAAGCUGCACCUUCUAUCGCUAAGUCUGCUCCUCCACCAGGUCCAGAGGUUGGAAAGCCAGAGGCAGCAAAGCCAGCCCUACAACAGCCUCCAAAAGCUGCACCUUCUAUCGCUAAGUCUGCUCCUCCAUCAGGUCCAGAGGCAGCAAAGCCAGCCCAUCAACAACCUCCAAAAGCUGGUACCUCUCCAGCCAAAUCUGUACCUCCACCAGCUCAGCCUGCAAAACAGGAGUCAGGUGGCUUCUUUGGUUUUGGUGGUCCCAAAACACAGCCUACUGCAGCACAGUCUGCUGGGUCAGUGACUGGAAAGAUGUUUGGCUUUGGGUCAUCUUUCUUAAGCUCUGCAUCCACGUUGAUAACUUCAGCGGUCCAGGAUGAACCUAAAACUACACCGCCGACUCCACGUAAGAUGUCUGCUUCAGCUCAUGUCUCACCUAAAACUACACCACCAGCCUCUCCUAAAAUACUACCUGCAAAGGACACAAAGCCACCUGCCACCCCGAAGACUGAGGAGAAGAAUCCAGAGAAACCACAGCAGGAAAAGACUCCUUCAGCAGUACAAGCCAAAGUGGACAAGGCUCCAUCGGAACCUCCCAAAACAACAACAGACACCCAAGGGGCUCCAAAAGCAAAAGUGUCCACCUGCCCACUCUGUAAAGUUGACCUAAACAUGGGCUCCAGAGAUCCUCCCAACUACAACACUUGCACCGAAUGCAAGACAACUGUAUGCAACCAGUGUGGAUUUAAUCCAAUGCCAAAUGUGGCAGAGGAAAAGGAAUGGCUUUGUCUGAACUGCCAGAUGCAGAGAGCCCUAGGAGCAUCUGAGCCAACUGGACGUCCUGUAGUGAAACCACAGCCCUCACCAAGCAAGGUAUUUACACCUCCUGCCCCUGAACAAAAGGAUGUACAAGUCCAGAAGGAGAAGUCUAUAGAAACUACAGCAGUCAAAGUGGAUGUCACUCAAGCACCUCUAGAGAAAAAAGAAACCCCCAAAGCUGAGGCUGCACUGCCAACUGGAGUCCAAAAGACAGAGAUACCUCAACGAGGUUCAGUGCAAAAGACACAGGUCCCACCAGGCACUGAACAGGGGAAAGACCAGGGUGCCACUGGUCAGCAAAAGCCUGUUGGAAAGUCCCCACAAGUACAGGUUUCUCAGACGACAAAGCCAGAAGUCAAGGCAGGUCCCAUAAAACAAGAAGCUGGGAAACCACCACAGCAGCCCCCAAAAUCUCCAACCCCUGCCGCUAAAUCUGCACCACCACCAGCUCAGCCUGCUAAACAGGAGUCAGGAGGCUUCUUUGGCUUUGGUGGCCCUAAAACACAACCUGCUGCUGCAAAGCCUGCUGAGUCAGUGACUGGAAAGAUGUUUGGCUUUGGGUCAUCUUUCUUAAGCUCUGCAUCCACUUUGAUAACCUCAGCUGUCCAAGAUGAAGCUAAAACUACACCACCAACUCCACGUAAGAUGUCUACAACAGCCAGUGUCUCACCUAAAAUUACACCUCCAGUUUCUCCUAAGAUUCCACCUGCAAAGGACACCAAGCCACCUUUUGCACAGAAAUCAGAGCCUCCUCAACAGGCCAAGCCUGCUUCACCAGCACAGGCCAAAGCAGAGAAAGCUCCAUCAGAGCCUCCAAAAUCCACAGAAGUGACCCAGGUCACUCCUAAAGCAAACCUGUCUACCUGUCCACUCUGCAAGAUUGAACUCAAUGUGGGCUCCAAGGAUCCUCCCAAUUACAACACCUGCACUGAAUGCAAGAACAUUGUCUGCAAUCUUUGUGGAUUUAAUCCAAUGCCUCAUACAGGAGUGAAGGAAUGGCUGUGUCUGAACUGCCAGACCCAAAGGGCUUUGUCGGGACAGUUAGGAGACUCUGGAAAAAUGCCCCAGCCAUUACCUGUAUCUGCCAAGCCAGAGACUCAGGCCACACUUGCAACCAAAAAGGCAGAGCCCCAAGCUACUCCUACAAAGGCAGAGCCCACACCUGUAGCCACAAAGUCACAGCCCUCACCUGCUGCCGUAAAGAAAGUACCAACAGUUCCAACCCCAAAAGAAAAGAUGGAUCCUACAUCAGUCAAGAUGGACACCAUGGCCAAGGCAGCCACUGCACAAAUUGAGCCCACAACAGAAAAGGUUUCUCCUGGUGCCGCAGAAAACGCAUCCACAGCAGAACCCCCCAUACCAACUUUGACCCCUGUGCAAGAGAUGGUAGUAACACCAAAGGUUGAAGUGCUAAACACAGAUAUUCCCAAGACUGUAACAGUGGGAGAUAAAGAAGGGUUGGCAAAAGUUGAGGACAGCACAAAAGAAAGUUACAAAACUGAAGAGUCUAAAUCUGACAUUUCAAAAAUAAAAGCUGAGGCAGGUGUAGCUGUGGCUUCCUCUUUACAGGUGACUGAGGCUACAGUUGUACCUACCUCCACUAUUGCUGCAGAGGACGCUAUGAGUGGGAUUAUUCCAGCUACUGAAACACAGCCAGAAUUGUCUGCUCCAGAAAGGAUUGUUAAGGAGGUACACCCAGAUGAUCAUAUCAAACUGGCAGUUGAGGUGAAAUCAAAGUCACAAGAACAGCUACCAGUGGAGGCAGAGCCAGCUAUAGCAGCUGACCGCAAGGAGGUGGCUGAUAAACUGGCUGAAGAGAAAAUUGCCACCACCUCAAUUCAAGAGACACAGCCAGUUUCUACAAACAUCAUCAUAAAAGACCAUGAUGAAACCAAGAAAGAGCCACUGAAAGAAAGAAAGGUGUCCCUUCCUACAGGGCAGGUUGAACUCGAAAACAUAGUUGUCCCUGCAGCAGCUGAAAAGCCUAAAUCCAAAGGAGAAGAGCAUGAUGAAGACCAGCCCCAGAUUUUACCCAUAUCCCGGGAACUGGAAGAGGGGAAGGUGGUUAGUGAUACAAGUAAAGAUAACAUAAAUACCUACCUAUCCAUUUCAGUUAAGGAGGUGGUAACAGUUGAGAGAAGGCGCCUAAGUUUCCAAGCAAUGGAUGAAAGCAGUGAAAGUGAGUUCACACCCUCACCUAAAGUCCAGAGGAGAAUGCUGACGGUGAGCCAUGUUUCAUCCAGCAGUGAGGACAUCAAAACUGAGAGUGCUGACUCCAACGCAGAAGAGGAUGAAGAGUUCAUCCGCAGGCAGAUUAUGGGUAUGGGUGAUGAAGAAGAAAUGUCUCUUUCAGAGGAUGAAAAGGAAAAGGAUUUGGCAAAUGAAAAAGCUCUCAAGGAGACUGAACUUGAUAAUGCUACAGUGAUACCAGAAUCACUGGCUAGAAAAAGUAGCACAGAUAAAGAAGAUAGCCAAGCCAGUAUAAAAGUCCUCCCUAAAACUGAGACUGCAACUACUCAAGAAGUGGCUGAAACAAUACCCAGCACAACUCUAAAGAAAGCUAUUCCAGUCAUGAGACAGAGACAAAGCACUGAUGAAGAAGUAGAUAGCAUCACAGAAUCACUGUCAAAGGGAUCAUCUAGUGUUCAGGCAUCUAGCUUUACUCCAGGAUCUUCACCUACAUCAGCCUCAUCACUGGAGGAGGACAGUGAUAGUAGUCCCAGUCACAGGAAAAUUAGUGGGGACAAACGGCAUCGCAAAGGUAAGCACAGGCAGCAAACUCAGCCUCUUCCUACCAUUGAAGACUCCUCUGAGGAUGAAAAGAUGAGGGAAGAGGAGAAGUCUAGGAAGGACAAAGAGGAAUGCAGGGCCGAUGACCAACCGGUGCCUCCAACUGAAAAUGCUUCCUCCUCAGAGGAUCUGAGACAGGUCACAGUAAUUGAUGAAACCAGCAAAACAUCUGGCUCUGAGUACUCUGCCAGUAUAGAAUCAGAACCAGAGGCUAGGCGAGCUGUACAAAGAGGAAGUAAACCUUCACCAACAGUGAUGCCGUACAUUCCCUCUGAUCCAUUUAAAGAAAAUUAUACUGUAGCAAAAUCAUUGAAGAGUGCUGAGGAAGCAUAUGAGGAAAUUAUUCAGAAGACAAAAGCUAUUCCAGGGGAGAGUCCUCCUGACAUUGAGCCCCUCUAUGGAGGAAUGGCAAUAGAGGACUAUCUUUAUGAGUCCUUAGUUGAGGAGCCUGAGUUUAAGAUUAUUGUCUCUCAAGAGGAAGAACUCAAACAGGAUACUUCCACUGAAUCUCUCAAAAAACUCAGGUCUCCAGAGGAAGUUUAUGAGGAGAUGAUGCAGAAAAAGAGAGAACUGAUGAUGAUAGAGCAAGAGUUUCAACAGGCGCAGACAGCCAUGGAAUCUUCCUCAUCAGGUGUGUCAGUCAGUGGGCCUUCAUUGGUUGCUGAGACCUGUGUGGUGACCAUACCUACAGAAGAGACAUCUAUCGCUGGGCAAACUGACAUGCCCCUUACAGUCACUGAAAUUCCUGGUGAAGUGCCAGAGAAGAAAAAGAAACGACCAGCACCUCCACGCCCCUCUGAACCUCCUAAGCGCUCUGAGGUCCCUGUUGUUCCCAGUAUGCCUAGUGGAUCUAUAGGUUUUGUUAGACCUAUGGUUCCUCAAGAUCCUGCACUCAGAAAGGCAUUGUUCCCUAUUCCAGACCUCAAGAUUACCCAGUGUUCUUCUGGGGAGGAAGAGGAUGACAGUCUUGCAGAUGAAUAUGGUGUUGGCAUUUCAUCGGACAUUACACCCAGUGAUGAUUCUGAGACUAAAGAAGACCCAUCCACAAGCCCACCUUUAUCUGAUAUUGUUGAGAUGGAACCUAUCUGUGUGGUCUGUGAAAUUCCUGAGCCAAAACCUAUUCCAACUCCAAUAUCAGCCCCAGAACUAACCACUACACCUUCCCCUGUAUCACCAGUGUCACCUCCAACUUCACCAGCCACUCCAGAUUCCAGUUUGGUUUCUAAUGCUACAUCGUCAUCCUCAUUCCAGGCUCAAACACCUCUGUCACCAGAUUCAACUCCACUCUCUACACCAACACUACCAACUUCAUUCGUAACUCAAUCACCUCCAGAGAUCUCACCACCAUCACCUGCCACAGCUGCAGUCUCUCGUCCCACUCCAAGCACAGUUAUAGUUACAAUACCAGAUGUGGUGUCAGAUCCAUCCAAAGCUAAAACAACUGCUGUCGGUCAAGCUUCUAAAACAGAUGCUGCAACUCCAGCACUAAUGGGGAUGUCUACUCAUGUACCUGUUGUGGUUCAAAUGCCCGACUUGGUUUCAUCUCCAUCUCAGGAGCCUAUUGAGGGUCCAGCUGUUAUACAGGUCUCAGCACCAUCUCCAACACCUGUUGUUGUCUCAGCUCAACCUACAGUCGUAGUUGCAACUGCACCUGCACCUGUUGGAGUCUCUACUCCAGCUUCUGCCCAAGUUGUUUCUGCUUCUGUCACUCUGUCCUCAUGCCCUGGGCCAGUCAUAGUUCAGAUGCCUGACCUGGUUUCAACUACAUCUCCAAUCUGUGCACAAUCCCCACUACCAGUGUCAGCACUCGUAACUACCCCAGCUCAAGUACAAGCCAAAGUGGUGCACUCAGUCCCUGUACAACCAGCCAUCUCCUCUGUGAGCCCAGUAGUAGCCCCAACUUUAGCUCAAACAGCCCAGGUUCCUGCAUCAGCCCCAGCAUCAACUACUAUUGUUAAAAAGAAGGUUCCACCCCCUCCUCCCCCUCGGUCUACUUCAGUGUCAUUACCUGAGCCUAAUACAGAGCUGCCACAUGUAAGGACUGUUCAGCAAGUCACUCCUACUGUGACCACUAUGGGAGCUACGGGAACCACUGUGGCUGGCCAACCAAUGCAGUCUGUAGCUGUGGAUAUACAGCCAAGAAUGGAAGAAAUGCAACCAGAUGAUGUGGCUGUACCUCAAAUAGUGACCCCAACCAGACAAGGGCAUGUAGUCAUCAUAGUGCCCAGUAUGGAAAACAGAUCUCUGCAUGGACAAAUCCCACAAGACAGAGGUGGCACAGGGCCAAUUGCUUCCAUUCUUUCUGGGCCAUUAACUAGUCAAAUUGCCACACAGCCUGUUUCGAAUAUACCAAGUAUAGACACAGCUUCACUAUCCACAAAAGUGUCAGCAAUGCCAGUGGCUUCAGCUCCGCCGCUUCCACCUAAACCUAUGGUAGGGUCAAAGGUUACAGACACAGUAGAAAUACCUGUAGCCGAUACACCUCCACCACAUCCUGCUACUUCACCGAAGCCAACUGUUUAUUCAAAGCCACCAGUACCCACUGUGCUGAUGAUUGCUACAACAGCAAUAGAAGAUACUGGUGUUCCAACAAUUGGCCCCAGUCAAACCAAGCCUCCACCACCCAUACCACCCAAGCCUAUAUCAAUUCCAGCAGGACUGGUUUUCAGCCACAAGCCAGGAGAGAGUGUCAAGCCACCUCUUUCUAUGGUCCCCAAGGCUGCAACACUGCCCAGGACCAAAGAACCUCCAAAUGCUUUGUCACUUAGCCUGACUCGACCUGUGGAGUCUAGGUCAGGUGCAACGUCUCCUAAGUCACCGCUGUCUCCCAGACAUGCCAAAUGUUUGCAAACCUAUGUUGUUAUAACCCUUCCAUCUGAGCUUAGCUCACCACCAGAAGGAAUAACAGUCCAGGCACCUGUAAGACGAGGCUCCAUCCCAUCUACAAAAGUAUCAGAGGUACGGACCACGCCUUCAGAGCAGAAGACACCCACUGAGGCAUUAUCAGCACCGGCAACAAUUAGGAGAGCCCCUGUCCCCACUGUAAGGCAUCAACCUCCUAUACAAAUAGCUCCAACUGUGGUGGUACAGCAAAUGACACCCCCUGAAGGAGUAACUGAUAAAGUGCAAGUCUCUGUGCCUUCUGUAGUGCAACCACCAUCAUCUGUAGAUGUCACCAUAGUGUCGUCAGGUCAGGACAUAUGUAUUCAGGCACAUAGUGUGCCUCCUCCAAUCAAGAAACCAUAUAUGCAGCACCACCACCAACAACAACAACAACCACCACCAAUUACUCAGCCACUGCCUCCACCUAAAAUAAUAUCUGAGGUCAUUGCAAUGCCCACAGAGCCAAAGAUACUUAUUCAACCACUAACAGUCCAAGCUACAACAAGACCACAGGCUAUACCAUCUGUUGCUCAGCAUCCAGACAUAGCCUCAGAAGUCAUAACAAUGUCACCAGAGGUUUCAGUUGAAGCAGUAAUUCAUCAGGCCCUAAUACCAACAGUACCUGUACAGCCACAGCCUCGGACAGAUGUUGUCACUGUACCAUUACAGCCUGAGGUACCUUUAAGUGGGUUAGUUCCCCAAGAUAAACCAGCUGGAGUCGCCUCAACUGUGAUUUAUCCACAAGUUGGAACUCAACUAGAAAUGCUACAAAAAGAACAGGAUAUGCCUACUGAUGUCAUUGUCACUGAUGCAGUCGUAACAAGAUCACCAAUACAAGAAGUGAGUCAGCAAAUUCCUGUUCAACAGCAACAUGUGGUAGUUGAAGGUUUUGACAAUACAUAUAUACUCACAUCAGUACCACAAACUGUUCAGCCUUUAGAAGUUUUGCCUUUAUUUACAGAGCAACUAUCCGCACAGGAGCCACUUAUUGUAGAUACUGCAAAGUUUGAAUUACCUACAGAGGUUAUUAAAACAGACUCAACUGCUAGGAUACCAGGAGUAACAACAGUAUCUCCAGUACCCCAUCCUCUACCUGUAAUAUCCCAAGACACACCUGAAAGAGUUAAGUUAAUGCCACUCAGUACAGAUGGGAAGAUGACACAUACUACAAUUGGUGAAAUAUCACCUAUUGUGAUGGAAGUCCAACAAAUGACAAUGCAGCCACAAGUAACUUACAUCCCGCAAGUCUACGGAGCACCUACAUCCUCAGUCCCACCAUAUUCAACACCACCAGUGGAGGUCAUAGCAUUACAGCCUGAACGCGAAACACCCAGAGAAAUUCUAACAAAUGUUGAUGUAAGAAGACCUUCAAUAACAUCAUCAAUUAUGCAGCCUCAGACAGUGGUUGGGAUGCCAGUUGGAGUUAUUACCACUGAGGAAAUGACCAGUAGGAGACGGACAUCUAUAUCAUCCAUAGUACAGCCACCAUAUACUACAAGUGACAUAUUUACCUAUCCCACAGAGUAUGAAAUGCCAGCACAGGUGGUUACAACUGAAGCCUUUGCUGCCACCAGGAGAGAAUCCAUAACCAUGCAGCAACCACCUCUGUCACAGAUAGUUAACAUGCCAGCUGAAAGAGAUGUUCCAUUUGAUGGCCAUGCUUCUCAGGUGCCAUACAGGAGAGAGUCUAUUCCUUCAACAGAGGAAAGACCACAGGUAUUAACCUAUUCAUCAGAAUAUGAUCGCCCUCUGGAGAUAAUAACCGCCGAGGCAUACACCAGGAGAACCUCAAUACCCACUGCACAUGAUAUUGCACAGGGUGUAUCUGUGGCUCCAGUCACCAUCACUAAAAUUCAACAAGAGUCUAUUGAGAGCCAAGAGAUUAGAGGACCAGAAAAGGUGGUCUCCAGCAUGAGUCACAUGUAUUCUUCCUCAAUUUCCACCUCAGGCCAGCCUCCUGAAAGCCUGCCUAGCCUGGUCACUCAGGUGGUCACCACUGAGGUCCAGAGGACCACUGUUUCUGUUGUCCAUGAAAGACUUCCACAGGUCCCUCCACCCAGUGUAGCAAUCACUAUACAGCCCGACAUAGCUAAAGUCCAACCUCUGCCAAAACAGAAUGGGAAGAUAGUCUACCCUGGUGAUGUUAUCGAUUUGCGUACCAUGAAAGUUGCCGUAAAGAUGACUGAACAAGGCAUGGACCUGACACCACCUGAGUCAUGUCGACAGUCUUUUUCAAGUGAUUCAAGUGGCCGUCAAAUCACAGCAGUACAACCUGAAAUUGUAAAUCUUAGUGCAGAGAUCACCCCUGCAACCACACUGUCAGUUGUCUCUGACAGCAUCACAAUAGUCACAUGUACAGCCACCAUUGCCUCUUAUAAAAACAUACCAGCGGAGAAACCACUUGAUUUGCAGGGCCCUGUUACAUCCUUGCCUCUGCCUCUCACCACAUACAAACCAUUUGAACCGCUGGCACAGAUUGUAUACAGACCUGUGAACUCCCACGCUGUAGUCAGUGCUGUAGUGUCCACAGCUCAAGACAUACCCAUUAAUCUUUCUUAUGGAGUGUCCCCAGGGGGCAAACAGCCCACUACAUCAGUCCCAGCAGCUAUCAGCAAUGGAGGUCCUGUCCUUUCUCUGGAGGCUACAGGAGCCAUGGAUCUGUCAAACUACAGACCAGUGAGAGCUUUGGUAGCUUUGUCUGGCACAAGCCCAGGAGUGGUGACCACUGUUGUGGAGGAUGAUGGGACUCCAGUAGACCUUACAGCUGGAAGGAGGAAUGUGUGUUGUGAUGUCAUUUACAAACUGCCAUUUACUGGAAGCUGCAGAACGAAGCCUCCAGUCACAGCCCAGCCAGACAAUCGUUUUGGCUAUAGAGAUGACCACUACCAAUAUGAUAAUGCUGGACUGUAUGGUAUCAAAGGCAUGAAUGGUAUAAAAGCCUCAAUGUCUGAGACUAACCUGACAGAGGCAGGACUAUUCUCUUAUGACCCCAAGAACGACCAAGAUUAUCUUCGUGGAUCUACAGAUGACGCCAUUGACCUUACUGCUGCCAAACUUUCUGCUGGUAAUGCUCUAGACUACACUAGCAAAGCUACUGGAGGCUACGCUGGGAUGACUACAGCUCCAUACUCCCAGGUCCCUGCAGCUGGGUUUGGUGUAAAUAGUGUUCUAAGAACCUCAGAUGGAAUAGUUUACUCCUCGGUUGCUGCACCAAUUCCAUCCACCUAUGCAAUAACAACUCAACCAGGCUCCAUCUUUAGUACUACCUUAACACCUACAUCUACAGUCCAGAACCAGUCAUUGCCGCACCCAUAUGGUUUCAUCCCCAGUACAGACCCAGGGCAGAUAAUUCCUUUUGACACGGGGAUACCUAAGGAGCUUCUACCCACUGCUUUGGCCGACAUCAUAACAGGCUAUCCAGAGAUGUAUUCGGACACCACACUUGAGGCAAUUGCUGCCUCUCUGGAUGCCUUAGCUUCCUCCCCAAUAUUCCCUGGUUUAGACAACACCAAGAUGGCCCAGUAUCAAAUGGAGAGGGAAUUUCUCGAGCUAGAGAAGCUUAAGCAGCUUUGUCUUGCUGAGGAGCUGGAGUGGGAGAGGCAGGAGAUCCAACGUUACCGUGAACAGGAGCAGCUUAUGGUCCAAAGGGAGCUUGAGGAGCUCCAGGCUUUGAAACAGCAGCUCCUCCUGCAGCAAGAGGAAGAGCAUCAUGCCCACAUGGUGGCCCAGCAGGAGACAUAUGCCCAGCAGAAAGAACAGUUACAGCAAAUUCAGCAACUCCAAUUGCAACUCCAGCGUCAGUUAGAUGAGCACUAUGGUAGCACUGGUACCAGAGGGAACCUCCUAGAUGCUAAAUAUGCAGGGGUGGGGGACAGUGGCCAGUACUGGCCUGUCAAAGACGAGUCUUCAAUUCCAUCAAUUGGGACACAGUUUGAUGAAAGUCAGGACCAGCUCAAUCUAGUAAGGAAGCUUCAAGCUGAUCAGGACACAGGGAAAAAAAUUAUUGAUAGUGGAGUCCAGACAGAUGAUGAAGACUCAGCAGAGAAGCAGCAUGUAGGAAGGAGAAAGAAGAAUAAGAGAAAUGUUGAAAACUCAGCUCAAACUGAUGAUGAGGACCAAGAUGAAUGGGAUGCUCCCACAAAAGCUCGACGACGCUCUCGAAAACAUAGCAGCGAGGGAAAACAAGGCUCCAAGGUUUCUAGCAUUGCUAUCCAGACAGUGGCUGAGAUAUCUGUCCAGACCGACCACUCUGGAACUAUCAAACGACCCAAUGUCCAGAUGGACACUAAAGUAGAAAUCAUCAAGCACAUCUCAGCUCCAGAGAACUCUCAGAGAGGUGGCAGUCUGAGCUGUCAGACAGACUCAGACAGAAGGCAAACACCCAUUGAGGUGGGCUACAGCACACACCUAACAGCAGAUGUCCCCUCUAAGUGUAAAGUCUUUUACAACCAAGUCUCCCCUCUGUCACCGGAAAAGUCACUUGGAGGUCAGAGGAUGCUGACUGCUGAUCCAACGAGAUUUUCCUCUGGCCCUCGGAUACUGAAGGCUGGUCAGAAGUCCCUGUCUGAUCCUAAAUCCCUUAGUCCUUCCACAGAAGACCGGAUGGGUGGAUACUAUGCAGACAGCUAUUCUGGCCGUGGUUCUCCCUCUGGUACAGGAAAGAAGGUAAAGCGGACUCUGCCAGACCCCCCUCCCGAAGAUGACUCUUUGACAGGACGGUCAGGAUACAGCACCAACUCUGCUCGUCGGCGUCUUGCCCGUAGUACAACAAUGGCCCGGGCUAAGAUCCUGCAGGACAUUGACAAGGAGCUUGAUCUGGUGGAGAGAGAAUCUUCUAAACUUCGCAAGAAACAGGCCGAGCUAGAUGAAGAGGAAAAGGAGAUUGAUGCCAAGCUACGGUACCUGGAGAUGGGUAUCAACCGGCGUAAGGAAGCCUUGUUGAAGGAAAGAGAGAAGAGAGAGAGGGCCUAUCUCCAGGGGGUGGCAGAGGAAAGAGACUACAUGUCAGACAGUGAGGUUAGCAACAUCCGAGAAGCCAGGGGUGAUGGCCUGGAGAGACCACGGACAGCUCCCCAGUCAGAGUUUGAAGAAUUCAUCCCCCCACAGACAGAAGCUGAUUCCCAGUACAACACACUAACUAGUCCCUACUCUCAUUAUGCCCAGUAUGUUCCCCAGACCCAAACCACCAGUCACUACACCCAACAGAACUUAUAUCAACAACAGUCCCUUUACCACCAACAGGUGUCUCCUUACCCGACCCUAUCCCUCUCCCAUGCCCAGGCUCAGCCUGGCAGCUAUCAACAUGCCCUGCUCUUGCAGCAGGGAAAGCAACGUCAAACCACCCUCUCUGAUUUGGAGCCUAAGAUCACCACUGGCUAUGAAGUGAUGCGCAACCAGCCUCUGCUAAUUGUGCCAACCUCUUCAGAAAGUGGCUAUGGGGUUGCUCACUUGGGGGGCAAAUAUGGCAGCUUGGACUUGAGGCUAGGGCUAGAGGAAAGGAGUAUGGCCUCUAGUCCCAUGUCUAGCAUUUCUGCUGAUUCCUUUUAUGCUGAUAUUGAUCACCACAAUGCCAGGAACUAUGUGCUCAUAGAGGACAUAGGGGAGCUUACCAAAACCUCGACUGGGCUGAGCAACACCGGCUUGAGUUCUGGAUUCAACCUGCCUGAUAAGGAGUUGUCCAAGGCAGACAGACUACUCAGAGCAGCAGAAGUCAGGCGCACAGCAGAGGUGGCAGAUUUUCUAGGCUCAUCUCGACUUCAGGGUUACAGUAAAGGAGAAGAUGACACUAUGGAGGAACCCUAUGAGCUGAAGCUACUGAAGCAGCAGAUCAAGCAGGAGUUCAGGCGUGGAACUGAGGGACUAGAACACUUAACAGGUCUGGGCUUGCCUCAGUAUCUCCCCAGUGAUAGCAGUUUUCGACACUUUCCUAAAGGAGAAAAGUAUAGCAUUGGCAGGCUCACGCUUGAAAAACAAGCAGCAAAGCAACUCCCAGCUGCUGUGCUUUACCAGAAACAGAUGAAAAACAAAAAGGCCCUGAUAGACCCCAAGGCCAUCACAAAAUUUUCACCUAUUCAGGAGAGUAGGGACCUUGAGCCUGACUUUGCAAGCUACAUGGGAUCUGGGGCCUCCUCUGUGACCAAUCUGGCUGCCACGGCUAGGCUUCUUCAGGAUGAGAUCACAUUUGGACUAAGAAAGAACUUGUCAGAGCAGCAAAAAUAUCUAGGCUCCUCCCUGGGGGCCAAUUUAGCUGGUUCUCUUAAUCUUGGGCAGUCCCUUGGACUGGGAGCCACAAUCAGGGCCACUGCCCAGGAUGAUGGAACUUACCCAAGUGGCACCCGUUCCCGACCCUCAUCACGCCCUUCCUCUCGCCCCUCUUCUGUCUAUGGCUUGGAUCUAUCUAUAAAACGGGACCUAUCAAGCUCCUCACUUAGACUUAAGACAGAGGGAGAGGUUCUAGAUGCAGCAUUUGCCCCUGGGGUGGCUAGAGCAAAGCCCACCAGUUUACCAAUCAGCCAAAGCCGGGGCCGCAUCCCCAUUGUGGCUCAGAACUCUGAGGAGGAGAGCCCUCUGAGCCCAGUGGGGCAGCCUAUGGGUAUGGCUAGAGCAUCAGCUGGACCUCUACCACCCAUCUCUGCUGACUCCAGAGAUCAAUUUGGGUCUAGCCAUUCCUUGCCAGAGGUACAGCAGCAUAUGAGGGAAGAAUCUCGGACUCGUGGCUAUGAUCGAGACAUCGCAUUCAUCAUGGAUGACUUGCAAGGCGCCAUGUCUGACAGCGAAGCACUAAGUGAAUCCAUGCUGGCUUUGAACAGAGAUGAGGCCAGAAUCUUUCAUGAAAGUAUCAGACACGCUGGAGGCCCAAACUGGAAUAUAGAAGCCUAUCAUCUGAGGAGAGAGGACACAGAUUGGUUUGAUAAGCCAAGAGAAGGGCAUCCGCAGAGCGGAAGCAUGUCAGACAGGAGACAGAUGAAACUGGUCCCUUAUAACUUCCCCCACACUCGAAUCAAGCUUAAGAGAGACCUGAAGGACACCAGUGUGUCAGGGAAUGGACUUGGGAUCCGUGUGGUGGGUGGUAAAGAGAUUCCAGGGAGCCGAGGAGAGAUUGGAGCCUACAUUGCCAAGGUUAUUCCUGGCGGUGUGGCCGAGCAAACAGGAAAAGUUGUUGAGGGAAUGCAGGUGCUGGAGUGGAACGGAGUCCCCCUGACAGCAAAGACCUAUGAAGAAGUGCAGUGCAUUAUGGGGCAGCCAUGUGCUGAGGCGGAGCUCUGUGUGAGACUUGACCUUAAUAUGCUGUCUGACCCUGAGCACCCACAAGUCCUGGAGCACCAUGUCCAGCUUAAGGCUGGUGGACAGCGCUCCCCUGGUGUGGAUCCUAAUCAGUUGGCUGCAGAAUUGCAGAAGGUGUCCCUGCAGCAGGGUCCUGGUGUGGCUGGCACAGGGGUUGGGCCUGGAGGUUUGGGCGUCCUCUCUGCACUAGAGCGCUCGGCCCUCCUCCACUCGGGUACUGGAUCAGCUGCCUCCAGUGGUGUACCGAGUCCCGGCCAGCCUGCAUCGCCUGCCAUUAACAAGAAACAACGACCCAAGCAAUCAGAGAUAAUGAGGAUCCCUCAUCCCAUCACUGGAGAAAUUCAGCUCCAGAUCAACUAUGACAGGAACCUUGGAAACCUGAUCGUCCACGUCCUGCAGGCUAGAAACCUGGCCCAGAGGGACAACGACGGCUACUCUGACCCCUUUGUCAAGGUCUACCUCUUGCCUGGGAGAGGCCAAGUCAUGGUUGUCCAGAACGCAAGUGCUGAUAACAAGAGAAGGACCAGGUAUGCCCAGAAGACCAUGAACCCAGAAUGGAACCAGACCGUCAUCUACAAGAACAUUCACUUAGAGCAGUUAAAGAAAAAGACACUGGAGGUGACAGUGUGGGACUAUGACAGAUCCUCCUCCAACGACUUCCUUGGAGAAGUGUUGAUCGACUUAUCGAACACGGCCCAGCUAGACAACACUCCCCGCUGGCUGCCUCUGAAAGAGCAGAGCGAGAGCAUUGAGCACAGCAGAGCCCACCAUGCGGCUCAAGGCCCGUCAGGGUCUGGGUCAGGUCAGGGUCAUGGUCAGGGACAUGGCCAAGGCUAUAUGUCAGUGCCUGGGAUGGGGCCUGUGCAAGGUAUGGGACAGGGCCAUGUACCAGGACAGGGAGACGGGGGUCAUGAUUCACCUAAAAACUCUGUAAUUAAGAGCCGAAGCCAUGGAAUCUUCCCAGAUCCAGCCAAAGACAUGCAGAUGCUGCCUUUGGAAAAGUCCCACAGCAGCCCAGGCAGCUCCAAAUCUUCCUCCGAUGGACAACUGCGCUCCCAUGGCCCCUCCCGAAGCCAAAGCAAGAGCAGCGUCACUCAGGCCCACCUCGAGGACGCUGGGAUAGCCAUUGCUGCUGCCGAGGCUGCUGUGCAACAGUCCCGUCUGCAACCAAGACCAGGACACCGACUGGGUGACGUCUCAGGGUCAGUGGUGCUGUCUGCCCCGAGUCUCGUGGGAGACGCCUAUGGAGGUCUGGAUGGGGACGAGGGGGCCGACACUGGAGUGGACAGCGCCAUUUUUCAAGUGCCACGGAUCGGUAAGACUAUUCCCAACGGCACCGACAAGAACCAACUAGGCACUCCAGAAAAUGAAGCCGGUAAAACACAAGUGAUGGGGGAGAUCAAGGUCGCUCUCAAGAAGGAGGUGAAGACAGAAGGGGACCAACUGGUCUUGGAGAUUCUUCAAUGCAGAAACAUCACAUACAAGUUCAAGAGCCCAGAUCACCUACCAGACCUGUAUGUGAAGCUGUAUGUGGUAAACGUAGCCACUCAGAAGAGGAUCAUUAAGAAGAAGACCAGAGUUUGUCGACAUGACAGGGAGCCCUCUUUCAACGAGACCUUCAGAUUCCCCCUCAACCCGACUGGACACUCCAUACAGCUGUUCUUGGUGUCCAACGGAGGCAAGUUCAUGAAGAAGACCCUGAUAGGAGAAGCCUACAUCUGGCUGGAUAAGGUGGACAUGAGGAAGAGAGUGGUCAGCUGGCACAAGUUGUUCGUCAGCUCCACUCAGACCAACCCCUGAGCACCACACCAAAAAAAAAAAAAAAAAAAAAAGACGGAGACCCAUCAGAUCAACGAAAGGUGAAGCCAGAAUGUUUCUAGUUCAGAACUCCGGUUUGACAAAAAAGAUGAAUGAGAGAAAAAAGACAUCAAGAAGAGGAAAAUAAAAGAUCCAUUUAAUUCCUCCAUUCUUCCUUUACUUCCUCAGUUCAUGGGUUAUAAGAAGGAGGGAAUCAUGUGCUAAUAUCAUGACAACUGUAUCAGUCCAAAACUGCCAGCACACAUGUCCACCUCCUCCCAUGUCAGGUCUCCGCUGGCUGUAGACUUUGCUUGUAGGAUGCAAACACGCAGGCACUUAAACAGACUUAGCAGCAAUAUGGCUUUGAGAGCAGCAAUGUCUUUCUCACCAUAGUCCAUCAUCACACAUAAGACUUUUUUUGGUGCUGUGCAACUGAGCUAACAUAUCCGUCAGAGGGAAAGAUGAUAAAAAAAAAACCAAACAGUGAAUUUGACUUUUGAUCACAGAAUCAUCUCCUGAAUUAUCAUUGUGUUUUCAUCAUAUGGGAGUCUUUGUUGUAAUGCCCAGAUGAUGGUUGUGACGUGUGUGGACAUAAGUGGUCUUGAAAUAUGUUCUGAUGAUGGGAAUGCAAAAUGUUUCUUUUGUAUGAUAGUCUAUCAGUUUCAUGUAAAAAUGGAGAAAAAAAAUAUUUAAAAAUAACAGAAGCCUAUUUAGAAACAGAGUCAGCGGGUUGACUUUUGCUAUGAGAUGAAGAUAACAUGUACAGCACUUCAGAUUGUAGAUAUCACACAUGCAGAUUAUAGAGCAUAUCAGAGAAUCACAUUGUACAGUGUGAUGUUUAUAUAAUAUACAAAAGAUAUCAGAUGCAGAAUAUAUCUAAAUAUACAGUAUAAGAGUUCUCUUGUCACAAUACGUGAUAAAAAUAUAGACAUAUGAUCUCUAGAUCGAGGCUGUGGGUGGCGCACUGACAAUCCAGUAGGCUACUUUAGUCUAUGGUGUAGGCUGUUAUGUGAAUGUGGACCUAUGCGAGCUCACGGGAAGCAGCUCCAUUUGGUCCUCCGAUCACACCGACGCACCACUACAUACUCAACAGGGCUGUGAUAGAUCACAAUUCGGUCGAGGUCGUCAUCCAGCGGCAUGCCAUCGCAUAUUUACAAUAAAAACAAGACAGCAUCUCAUGUUUUGGAAGUCCAGCACACAUGCUGUAUUUGAAUGUUACAAGCCAACAGUGGAGGAUGACAAGAGUUCAUAUCCAUGUCACGUGUGCAACAUUUUACUACAAGGCUGCUGUAGUCGGUCACAGUAAACGCUGAUAUUUAUUUCUGUGUUGUCCAACAUGUCGGAAUGGACGUGUAAUUCACACAAGUUGUGUCAAAAAACCAUACCUAGAUCUGCAACUGUCAUCGUAUUAGUAUGGCAGCUCUGCUUUCUGUGUAUUAGUGAAAGCCCCGCCCGUCCCCGGUCUGCGUUUUACCCAAAAAAUAAUUUCAAAAUGAAGAGAGAGGAAAAAAAAAACAUUCUUCCCAGUCAAAUGUCGAGAUUACCUGUGUGUGUCUGGCUGUGCUGUAAAAAACUCACUAUGUUGUUUUGUGUCAGUGACUCCCGUUGCAACACAGUGAACCAGCCUCUUUCACUGCCCGUGACCAAAACUCUCACUCAGGCCCACCGGGGUUCAGUCAUACUUACAGUAAGUCGGAAGAGCUAAUGUGGAGCAGGCGACCUGUGUAUUCAUCCCGUCAUGUUUUGCCACGUCGUCUAUUGAAUAAUAAAAGAGAAAUAAAAACACUAUCACGUGACCCUCAGACUUACUGUCAGCGUAUUGAGGCAUAUCACAGGGCUGAUGCAAUUUUUGUAAGAAUGAAAUAGAACUGAGAGACAACAAACACACUUAGAACAAGAUGUCACUUAAAUCUUCUAGCAAAGGAUAACAAAAGAGAGAAUAUAAUAAGAAAGAGAAUAUGGUUGAUUUUUCGGAUAAUUAUUUUGCUGUGCCAAUUUUGUUUGUUUUUUUAAUUCCAGACCCAUUGGUUCUUAAUUCUAUGCAACAUAGAUGUGUUUGAUAAAUGUUAUAUCUGUGAACACAUUGUCUAAAAAAAUAUAUGUCUUAUAGAAAAAAUUACUUUAAUUUGUACAUCAUUGAAAAGGAACUCUUAACUAUAUUGAUUUUUUUACUGAUUUUAAUAUAAAUUGAUGUUAACAGCUGUUGGCAUCCACAUAGAGCUUGUGCACUUUAUUAUCACAUGGUUGAUUUCCUCGUCCCAUUUUGAAUGUUAUGACUUGCAAGAUUAUGUGUUUUGUGUUUCUGCACUGAAAUGAAUUGAAUCAUGGUGUAUGUGGUGGCAGAAAAAAAAAUAUUGUGGUGUGCAUUUUGUAUCUAUGUGGCAAAAGAAAAAAAAAACACGCAGACAUGAUGGGGUUCCUGAACACAAUGCACAAUCUGGGGAGAGAUUACCUUACUUCGUCCUGCUCAUAGUCUACUUAAUGGUCUGUGUACAAAGUACAGUAAAUAAGACAUAUUCCCCCCCCAUUGCUCAGUCAUGACUGUUUAACCCCCUCGUGUUUCAUUAGACUUUCCCCCAAAGCUACUGUUUGUUCAGAUCAGCUGUUGCCUGUAAUUGUGAAAAAAAUAACAUCCAUUUGUUGUCGUUUCUGAGGGGUGUGAAUGUGAAUCGAGUCCUUUGACAUGUGUACAUAAGGUGUUUAUUUUCUACAAAAAAGACUGAAUGUUUUUAUUGUCUGAAAUUUGAGCAUGUGAGUGUUGGAAAACGAAAAAAAAAAAAUCACACAAAAGACUUACUGUACAGCAAUGCGUGUCUAUAGUUGUAUAAGGGGAGUUGACUGUGUAAUCAAAACAUGUGCUGUCAACCGAUGACUAUCUGUGCAACCACGUCCCGUAUACGGCAGAAACAACACAAAGGGAAAAAAAAUCUAUUCAACUUCGAUAGUUGUCUGAGACUUUAUGUUCUGGAUGUUGCAUGUUCUGUUGAUGGUCCGUCAGUAUAUUUUGCCUACAGAUUAUGUUUAAAAAAAAAACAACAACAAAACAGAAUAUGUAUAGAUUUAUCUGUAUGCUGACUGUAAAGAAAUAUGCUUGUAAAAUUGUCUUGUUUUUCACUCAGUGUAAAAACAACAAAUCUAAUGUUAUGGUUUUGUGGUUGUACACAGGAUGUGUUGAGAUAUUAUGCAAAUUGUGCUGUAAAAAAAAUCAGCUGUUUCCCCCCCGAGUCUAAAGAAUAAAUAUUAAGAAGAGCUAUAUUACA